UCUCUCUCUCUCUCGCCCUCUCUCUCCCAUUAUUUAUAUACAAUCUCUCAUUCUGUGACCAAAGUGCCACACCGUCGCCAAAACUGUCUUCCUACACUACUGUCCUUCACUGAGACUGAGAAUACUCUUCUAUCAUGGCAGACCCCUAUAACUCCUCCAAUCUCGACAAUAAUGGAUGGAUCAACUUAUGCCACUCCACCCUCACCAUUUCCCUUCAUUGCUCUCUACUGCUACUUCUUCUGCCAACUCAACCAGAAGUAGCCCCUUUAAUUUCAGUAUUUCUAAUCCUCCACACACCUACUCUUCACAUAACUUCUUCACUGAUAAGAAAUCCUCUAAUAUUCAAACACAGAUGCCCUCGUCCAUUAAUGAUCAUAUCAACGUUUCCUCACCUCCUCUCAAAGAAGCUCUUCCUUUACUAAACAACUUACUAAGCCCUAGAGGGGUCCUAGAAGAGAAACAUGGUCAUGAGCCCUCAAACAGCAGCACUAUUACUCCAAUGGAAGAAGAAACGAGGAACAAAGAUCAUGCUGUUUAUGAUGAUGGUGAUGACAGCGGCGAUGAUGAGGAUAACUUGAUUGUAGCCCUACACUUAGGCCUCCCAAGUUCUUCUAAUUUUGGUAACGUGCAAUCUCAGUUUGCAGAUCAGGUUCAUAAUAAGGAAGGAGUGAUCAGUAGCAGUAAUAGUGAUGUUGUUUCAUCGGGUAACCCUAGUGUGGCUGUGGACAGACUAAACAAGGGUGAUCGUUACUGGAUUCCCACCCCUUCCCAGAUUCUUAUUGGCCCAACUCAGUUCUCAUGUUCUAUUUGCUCCAAAACCUUCAACAGAUACAAUAACUUGCAGAUGCAUAUGUGGGGGCAUGGCUCUCAAUACAGGGAAGGACCAAACUCGCUAAAGAGAACUCAACCCACAGCCAUGCUAAGACUCCGUUGCUAUUGUUGUGCACCAGGUUGUAAGCACAACAUUGACAACCCUAGAGGUGCAAAGCCACUCAAGGACUUCAGAACUCUUCAGGUACAUUACAAGAGAAAGCACGGCGUCCGAUCCUUCAUGUGCAAACGCUGUGGCAAGGCUUUUUCUGUGAAAGGUGAUUGGAGAACCCAUGAGAAAAACUGUGGCAAGAUUUGGUACUGCAUUUGUGGGUCUGAUUUUAAGCAAAAGAGGUCUCUCAAAGACCACAUCAAGGCCUUCGGUCGUGGCCAUGGAUCGUUCGAUAUUGAGUGUUUCGAAGAAGAAGAUGAACCCGCAUCCGAAAUUGAACAUGAUGCCGAGGCUUCAAGAUGGUAUACUUCGCAAAACUAAGAUUUAUGUGUAUCCAUGUCUUAUCUCUAUCUUCAGCUCAUAUAUAUACUUAUCUCCAUAUGUAUAUUUGUUCCUUAUCCUCAUGAAUGGACAUAUGGUAACUUGGCUUUGCCU